AUGGGAAAGCUUCCAGCUGGUGCACGUUUUGCAGCUGAAUGCAAGGCGGAAAGGGGGCGUGGCCUAGCCCUUGGAGCGGGGGCGGGGCCUCACCAGGAAGUAGGAGAAGGAGGAGGAGAACAAGCAAGAGGAAGGGGGCCUUUUGGCGGGAAGGAGAAACUCUUCAGGUGGCUCUGCUCUGAAUUCCUAGUCUGCACAGAUGGUGAGGCUGGUUGUUUCAAUAUCUUCUUCCUAACUGCUUGCAAGGUAUUCCUUGAGAAACAGGCUGUGACUCUGCACACUGAUGUGGGAGAUAUUAAGAUAGAACUGUUCUGUGAACGGACACCUAAGGCUUGUGAAAAUUUUCUGGCUCUCUGUGCUAGUAACUACUACAAUGGUUGUAUUUUCCAUCGGAAUAUCAAAGGCUUUAUGGUGCAGACAGGAGAUCCAAUGGGCUCCGGGAAAGGAGGAAAUAGCAUUUGGGGAAGAAAAUUUGAAGAUGAAUACAGUGAAUACUUAAAGCACAGCGUUCGCGGAGUUGUUUCUAUGGCAAAUAAUGGUCCAAAUACAAAUGGAUCUCAAUUCUUCAUUACCUAUGGCAAACAGCCACAUCUGGACAUGAAAUACACUGUGUUUGGGAAGGUAAUCGAUGGUUUGGAUACUCUAGAUGAACUGGAGAAACUGCCAGUAAAUGAAAAGACCUUCCGCCCAUUGAAUGAUGUUCAUAUUAAAGAUGUCACAAUGCAUGCCAAUCCUUUUGCCCAAUGACUGCUGUGUUCUUACAGUAGGAUUCUGAAAGGCUGUGGGUGGCCCUGUAAAGGAAGAUAGGUCCUUGCAUUCCCUCAUGGAAAGAGGGACUUGACAAGAUUUUUCUCAUACCCACAUUGCACAGUUCAGAGAAGCCCAUUUUGAUUUGCUGCAUUUAUUUAUGAUAAAGCUGGAAAAGGCACAAAGUAAAAAUAAAUUUUACACAUUUUUA